AGGUCAUCAGUGGCAGUGCCUCCAUUGCCAAUCAUUAAAAGAGAAAAAGAAAUGCUUAGUCUCCAUUAUUUGCUGCUUCGAAGCAACCGUUCAUCACCAUUUGCUCCUUUCUUUCAAUGGGUUAAACUUCAACAUCAACAUCAACAUGGCGGGAGUAUUUCCAGUGAUUUUAAUCCCAAGAAGAAAACCGGCUUACCAUCAUCGUCUUCUUGGAUUGCUCGUGCGGUGGAGAAAGAUGCAGAGCAGCUUGAAAUAUACCCAGAAGAGGCUAAGGAAGCCCUAAGAAACCUUGAACAGCAGCUGCAAACCCUCUCUGAUAAACAAGUCAGCACUCCUAAGAUCAGAGCUGCAGAUGUAAAACUCACGGUGAUGAGAUGGAAGAAGAAAGCCCAGAAAUUUCAGGGUCUUCCCUAGCAUAUUUAACUGUUGUUCUCCUUGCCUUCACAAUCUUCUACAAUGUGUUGUUUUAUUCGGUGAUAAAGCCGUCCAUCGAUGGACCAGAGUAUGAUCCUCAACCUGGCAGCACCAGAGGUGCGGCAGUUUUGCAGUAGUCCUUGCACCAUUAACACCACAAGAGUCUUUCCAGAGCUGUAUCUGUUAAAUAGCACCGGAAUUUUAGUAGUAUAUUAAAUAAA